AUGAAGUUGCACGACUAUAUGAAGUACUCGGACCUGGCCUUUAUUUUCGCCAUGAUUCCGCGUUUUCAAUGGAAUGGACGUCCAAGAGGGAUCGAUAAAUAUGCCAGGGAAAGAAAAAUUCUAUUCGUGCUUGCUUGUAUUUUAAUGGCUUACCAGAAUGUUGGAGUACUUUUGUAUUGGAUUUUAAUCGGAAAAAAUGCUGAAAAUACGACACGUUUUGUGGCCGGCAUAUCGGAGAUGACAGGAAGUCUUAUGCUUACAUCUACGGCCAUCUGCAAUGUGUGGGCCAUCACAAGCAAUCGUCCUCAGAUUGAGGAAAUCCUUUCCGUUUUGGAGGAACUUCAUCCAAAGCCCAGAGAUAAGCACUAUCGCUGUCAGCACUACUACAAUUUGGCCAAAGGCCUAAUGAAAUUUCAGUUUAUAUAUUACUCGAUAUUUAGUUCAUAUUUCAAUAUAGCACCCCUUGUGGAAAUGCUUUUCGAAUACCUAACGGAUGGAAAGAACUUGAGUUACAGGCUGCAACUAAACAUCUGGUUUCCCUGGAUUGUUCAAGAUUCGUUCUUUGGAUUUGGUAUACCAUACCUCAGCAUAUAUUUUACCUCAACUUUGGCAGUGUCAUUCUCGUACAUCACUCAGCAUCUAUUAUGCCUAUUUAUCUACCAAUUGAAACUACAUUUUGACGCUCUAUCCAACCAGUUUAUCAGCCUAGAUUCUCGUCAUCCCGAAGCCAAACGACAGUUAAGAGAGCUGGUCAAAUACCACUGCAAUAUUUUGGAGCUCGGAGAACAAGUCAAUCGGACAUUGAAUAUUUCGUUUUUGUCCAGCAUGAUAUUUUCCACAAUUGCCAUUUGCAUGACGAGUGUGGCAGUGCUGCUCCUUGACUUGGGAUCUGCCUUUAAGUACGCCAAUGGACUAGCUGCCUUUUCCAUUUACAACUUCAUAAUUUGCUACUUGGGCUCUGAGGUCACCAUUGCGGACCAAAUGCAGUUGGAGGACUUUAUGAGAUAUCCGGACCUAGUCUGUUGGACGGCCCAACUGCCCAGAAUCGAGUGGAACGGAAGAAGAUUUAGAGUCAACCGCACUUUAGCCAAACGCUUUAUCUUCUGGUUUGGAGCCCUUAACUUAGUAUAUCACAAUAUUGGAUUGAUCAUGUACGCCCAAUUCGUUGAUGGAAGUGCAAUGGACUCGAUUGAAUAUGUUUCGGAACUGACAGCCAUGCUUGGAUUUACCACUCUGGGCACUUUAAAUCUAUUGAGAGUAAUGAAAGUGCCAGAGAUCGAAAAAUUGAUGGAAGUGUUUGAGGAGCUAUUUCAUCAAGCCGAAAAGAGGCCAUAUCGUGCUCAGCAUUACUACGAGGCGUAUACGCGAUUUAUUAAAACAUCCGCCACAUUUUUUACCCUAUGUAUUUGCUACUACAAUUUACUGCCAAUUAUUCUCAUGAUUGUGGAACUAUUGACAGACAAUAAGCAGUUUAGCUAUAGGAUUCAGAGCAGAACCUGGUAUCCCUGGAAGGUUCAUGGAUGCAUUCCUGGAUAUUUUGCUGCGUUUGUGUGUCAAGCGUUUUCGUGCCAGACCACCUUGUGUGUCAUCAUGUUUACCAAGUUUUUGAUAUCCUUCUUCGGCAUCCAGCUGGAAAUUCAAUUUGAUGGAUUGGCCAGGCAGCUGGAAGCCAUCGAUGCCCGACACCCAGCAGCCAAGGAGCAGUUGAAGUAUCUUAUAAGAUACCACAAUAAAUUAUUCAAUUUGGCUGACAGAGUGAAUCACUCGCUAAACUUUACGUUCUGUGUAAGCUUCUCGGUAUCGAUCCUUUCCAUGUGUUUCCUGGCCAAUUCCGUGAUCAUGGGGGAAUUGGGCCCGGCCCUAAAAAAUAUGCUCGUGCUUUUCGUCUUCUUGUCCUACAAUUUCUCCAUUUGUCGCAAUGGUACGCAAUUAUUUUUAGCGAGUGAUAAAGUAUUGUCAGCUGCUUUCUAUAAUAAUUGGUAUGAGGGCGAUCUGGCUUAUCGGAAAAUGCUUCUCAUUUUAAUGAUGCGUGCUUCGAAGCCUUAUAUGUGGAGAACCUACAAGUUGGCACCUGUAUCCAUUACUACCUAUAUGGCCACGUUGAAGUUUUCUUAUCAAAUGUUUACCUGCGUGCGCUCCUUAAAAUAAAUGGAAAAUAUGCAAUCUACUAG